AUGUGUCCCGAAAUUCGAGCCUCGAGCCCUGAGACUCAAACCCCGGGCCCCAACACUCCAUCUCCGAGCCCCGAAAUUCGAGCCUCGAGCCCUGAGACUCAAACCCCGGGCCUCAACACUCCAUCUCCGAGCCCCGAAAUUCGAGCCUCGAGCCCUGAGACUCAAACCCCGGGCCCCAACACUCCAUCUCCGAGCCCCGAAAUUCGAGCCUCGAGCCCUGAGACUCAAACCCCGGGCCUCAACACUCCAUCUCCGAGCCCCGAAAUUCGAGCCUCGAGCCCUGAGACUCAAACCCCGGGCCUCAACACUCCAUCUCCGAGCCCCGAAAUUCGAGCCUCGAGCCCUGAGACUCAAACCCCGGGCCUCAACACUCCAUCUCCGAGCCCCGAAAUUCGAGCCUCGAGCCCUGAGACUCAAACCCCGGGCCUCAACACUCCAUCUCCGAGCCCUGAAAUUCGAGCCUCGAGCCCUGAGACUCAAACCCCGGGCCCCAACACUCCAUCUCCGAGCCCCGAAAUUCGAGCCUCGAGCCCUGAGACUCAAACCCCGGGCCUCAACACUCCAUCUCCGAGCCCCGAAAUUCGAGCCUCGAGCCCUGAGACUCAAACCCCGGGCCCCAACACUCCAUCUCCGAGCCCCGAAAUUCGAGCCUCGAGCCCUGAGACUCAAACCCCGGGCCCCAACACUCCAUCUCCGAGCCCCGAAAUUCGAGAACCGAGCCCGGAGAUUAGAUCCCUGAGGCCCGAGGUUAGAUUCUCGUACCCCGAGACUCAAUCUCCAAGCCACGAGACUCGUGCCCCGUGCUCCGUGUCCUGA